AUGUUGCUCUUGACAGUUUUGCUCCUUUGGGUUCCAGUUGAUGGGCGAGAGAACUCCACAAAGGCAGUGAUCACCUUGCAGCCUCCAUGGGUUAAUGUGUUCCCAGAGGAAACUGUAACCUUAUCAUGUGAAGGGCCCUAUCUGCCUGGGAGCAACCCCACACGGUGGUUUCUCAACGGCACAGCCAUUCAGACUUUGACUCCCAGAUACAACAUCGCUUCUGCCAGUGUCAAAGACAGUGGUGCAUAUCAGUGCCAUACAGAUCUCUCGGUGCUAAGUGACCCUGUACAGCUGGAAAUCCACAGAGACUGGCUACUGCUCCAGGUCUCUAGCAGAGUCGUCACAGAAGGAGAACCAUUGGCCUUGAGGUGUCAUGUAUGGAGGAAUAAGCUGGUAUACAAUGUGGUUUUCUAUAAAAAUGGCAAAGCCUUUAAGUUUUUUCCUCAGAAUCUUGAACUCACAAUUCUGAAAACCAACAUGAGUCACAAUGGCAUCUAUCACUGCUCAGGCAAGGGAAUGAGGCAUCACUAUACAUCAGCGGGAGUAUCUGUCACUGUGAAAGAGCUAUUUUCACCUCCAGUGCUGAGAGCAUCCUUGGCAUUGCCUGUCCUAGAGGGAACUCUGGUCACCCUGAGCUGUGAAACAAAGUUACUCCCAGAGAGACCUGGCUUGCAGCUUUACUUCUCCUUCUACAUGGGCACCAAGACCCUGCAAGGCAAAAACACAUCUUCUGAAUACCAAAUACUAACUGCUAGAAGAGAAGAUUCUGGGUCAUACUGGUGUGAGGCAGUCACAGAAGAUGGAAAUGUCCUUAAGCGCAGCCCUGACUUGGAGUUCCAAGUGCUUGGUCUCCAGUCACCAACCCCUGUCUGGUUUCAUGUUCUUUUCUAUCUGGUCAUGGGAAUAAUGUUUUUAGUGGACACUGUUCUCUGUAUGGCAAUACAUAAAGAACUGCGAAGAAAAAAAAAGUGGAAUUUAGGAAUCUCUUUGGAGUCUGAUCCUGGGAAGAGGGUAACUGCCCACCUUCAAAGAUAAACAUUUAGAAGAAGAGCUUAAGUGUAAGGAAGAAGAAGAACUGCAAGAAAGGACACACCAGAAGAAGCCCCAG